CCUUUUCCAUCAUCCACUCAGUAUCCCCUAUGUGACAAAGUUCCAUCAUCCAUCCACACACGGUGAAGGAUGGAGAUGCGUAGACUCCAGAGAGAGAAGUGAAUAAGGAGAGGAUGAAGUGGUCAUGCUUUCCAUGGCCAAACCUCAUCUCUUCACCCAUCGCAUUGUGUUCGAGCUCGUUUCCUUCAAAUUCCCCUUGCUGCCUCGUCAAGCCUUCUGUGACUCCAGUUGUUCUCUCCUCCAGAAGACCUCCCUACAACUCCCUUGUCUCCCAGUAAGGCUGCUGGGUCCUCCUGCAAAAUUCGAUGCUUCAAAGCUCAAAGUUGCAUUUACCAGAGAAGAGACUUGUACAUAUAGCAGAGUUUUGCCAAGAAUUUACACACUUUCACAUUGCGAUUUUACAGCAAAUUUGACAUUAACUAUCUCAAAUGUCAUCCACCGCGAUCAGUUAAACAGGUGGUAUAAUAAAGAUGAUGUCAUUGCUGAAUGGAUAGAGGUGAAAGGAAAUAUGUGCCUUUAUGUCCAUUGCUUCGUGAGUGGACCAAAUCUCUUACAAGAGUUGGCUGCAGAGUUUAGAUACCUUAUAUUCUCGAAGGAGUUGCCAUUGGUACUUAGGGCCGUCUUAUAUGGUGAUUCAGCUCUGUUCAAAGAGCAUCCACAACUAACAGAUGCUUCAGUUCAAGUCUUCUUCCAUUCUAGUUCAAAGAAAUACAAUCAUGUUGAAUGCUGGGGCGCGCUCAAGGAUGCCGUGAAGGUAACUCACUACAUUAUGCUGAAUCAUCUCCAGGGAAGACCAAGAGAUUACAUAAAUGUACUGUGAUCAUCAGCUAGAAGGAAAGCAACAUUCUCGACCAAGUAAUAUUUGGGGAAGCACCAAGUCCAUCUCCCUAAGCAGUGGGAACCUCUCCUUUAACAAUGGUGUGUAGAACCUUUGGCCUGAAGAAUCCUGCAGACCCAGAAGCUAAUGGCCAGGUCAAACUCUCAUUGAUCCUCGGGGGGGGGGGGGGGGGGGGGGGGGGGGUUGAACUAGUUACCUCGGUGAUCUUUUUGUUGGAAGGUUAAGGAGUGACAACUUUCCUCCUAUAAUUUGUACAUUAAUAGGCUUUUACAUAAUGUACAAUGGCAGUUCAACCCUUAUUAUUCAUUUGGUUCUCUACUUCUCUGGUAUGCACUAGGAGUUGCAUUUGUAUCAUUCAGGUGGUCAGCUUAACAAAUGUUCAAACCUGUGGUUGCAGAUAACCAGAUAGUAAAAAAUAACUUGAAUGACCACAGUGAACCUUGGAAGUUCUUUUUGCAGUAUGCUUGAAUAAAAAGUGAAGCACCUUCAGGCUGUUCAAUCUUAUUUUUGGCAGAAUGAGCUAUAACAAGCUAACUCUAAACUCA